AUGUCCCUGACAAGACCGAAGCGUAAGGCCACUAUUAAUAAGUCUUAUAAUGACGCUAUAGAUGAGACUAUUUUUGACGAUAAUUCGUCUAAUAAUUCGAAUAACUUGAACAAUUCCAAGAAGAAAUCUUUGAAAAGGUCAAAUACUCCUGAAACAGGUCUCAAGAACGGUACCUCAAGCGUUAUAAACCCAAAAGCAAUUCCAUAUAAUUGGCAACCGCCACCCAGUCCGGUUGACUAUUUUUCUUACAAAUUGGACUUAGAAGAUGCAUAUGUUGAUAUAGAGAAUCAAAUAUUAUUUUGUCCGAAUCAACCUCCGAUUCCAAGCUCAUACGAACAAGUAAGAAAACGAAAAUUAAAAGAGCCAUUCAAGUUGACUAAAGGAGAUUACAUAUACAUGAUCAGUGAACCACCAGGUGAACCGUAUUAUAUUGGUCGUAUUAUGGGCUUCACGUCGAAAAAUAAUCGACAUAUUCACCAUCAUGAGAGUGAACAGAAUUCUGCUGGUAGUUCUACAAACAGCCUGGAACUUGACAUACAGGAUAACAAUAAACUUCAUCAUGAAAAUGCUUCUAGUUACUUAUUUCAAAUCCAAUGGUUCUAUAGACCUAGGGAUAUUUCAAAAUCUACCUCCGACUCAAGACUAUUGUACGCAUCUAUGCACACAGAUACCUGUCCUUUACAGAGCUUUAGAGGCUUGGUAACUGUUAAACAUAAACAAGAUGUUGAAUAUGAAUUCAAUAGUAUUACCAAUGACAUUUCCGAAAACAACGGUAAAUCAUCAUCACCAGCAUCAUUAAACAGUUUAGAAAUGUAUUCUCAGCAACCGAAUUGCUUUUAUUUUGAUAAACUUUUUGACAGAUACAUGAUCAGAUUUUACGAUAUACUACUGACUGCAAGCUUGCUAAGAACUAUUAAUAAUGAUGACAAUAAAAGCAAGAAUUUUCUUACAGCAUUGAAUAAGAGAUUUGAGUUUAUAUUUGUCGAAAGCAAUAGAACUAAAUCUUUUGUGAAUGGGUUCUCUUCUGACUCUUGUAAUUGUGAGAUAUGUGGACAAUGGUGUUCUGGACAGGACUCUGUGACAUGUGCUGGUUGUGAGAAACAUUAUCAUAUGUUCUGUCUUGAUCCUCCUUUAUUACGAAAACCAAGUAGGGGGUUUUCAUGGUCGUGUGCUCCUUGUACAAAACAACAUGAUCUUGAGCACCAAAGCAAGAAGAUGUUCAUGCUUUCUCAUGAUAACAAACUGUCUAAUGAGAAGGAGCUUUCCAACGAAAUCAAUGGAUUAGAUUCACCAACAUCUCCACACCAUGACCUGUCUGGCGACGCAGAUGACGAAGAGAUUAAACCAACAACGAACUCAAUCCUACCAAAAUAUGAAUUAAUGGCAAUAGAAUUUUUAAAGAAUGAUUCGCAUUUAACUUUUGAACAAAGAAGACUAAAGGAAGAAUGGUGUAUGCGCUACUUAGGAAUGUACUCUAGAUUAGAAGAUGGGGUCGAUCUUGAUGACAGAUCUCCUUAUCCUAGAGCAUCCACAAGGUUGGGAGCAAAGCAUCAAGCAACGAAUAUUCCUGAGGUAUAUGAUCACCCAAUCGUAUAUUAUGAUUUAGAUAAGCAAUCAAAUUCCAAUGGCACAGUAAGAAAAAAAUCUUCUGUAAAAAAGAAUGGAAGUAAAACAAAAAAACACGAUGCUUCAGAUACAGUUAAGCUACCUGUUCCAGAUCAAUUUAAAGAUAUUUCUCCAAAAGAAUACCCUCAAUGGCUACAACCAAGACCAAAGGGAUAUAUAGAACGUGGUGUGGAUGAUGGUGAAGGUGUUACUUGUUCUUUAAUGUGGAAACCACUAGAUGAAGACUAUCAAGACAAUUUUCAAAGGUUAGAUGCCUUUGUUGAACAAUGUUCACCAAUAGCGGAAAAGUUGAAUAUAUUAGCAACAUCACCAAAUUUUGUCGAUGCAAUUCUUAAAGCUUACUUCGACAAUAAUGGAAAUACUGAUAAAGCACAUGACGAGGUAUCUAACUUAACCAGAAAAUCUUUAAGGGAGCCUACCCUUUCAAAAGAAGAAAUUAAGAGAUUUGAAGCUGGUGUAAAAAAAUAUGGUAGUGAACUAUAUCCAGUUUAUAAAGAAGUUAAAACUAAACCAUUGUCUAUGAUUGUGAGAUUUUAUUACCUUUGGAAAAAAUCCGAGAAUGGUAGAUUAAUUUGGGGUAAUUUUGAAGGAAGAAUGCAUAAGAAAUUACAGAGCAUUGUUAAAGAAGAGCAUUCAUCGAAGGCUAAUUCUAUGAAUCAUCCUCCAACCAUUGAUUUCUUAGCUGAUCACAAUGAUGAUUCAGCGUAUGAAGUAGAAAAAAUUGUUAGCAAUAACUCUAAUUUUGCAUGUAAGCAUUGUCGGACUCACCAGUCUCUUCAAUGGUUCAGAAUAACCGGUUAUGAUGCUAACACAAAAUUUGAAAAAGGUACGCACGAAGAUCUUGAUAAAGAUGCAGUAAUAGGUUUAUGUUUCAGAUGUGCAAGAUUAUGGAGAAGAUAUGCGGUUGUGUGGGAAGAUCCAACUGAAGUUGAGAAAAAGAACAAUAAGCCGGUAGGUGGAUGGAAGAAGAAAGUUGAAUUUGAACUAGUACGGGAUUCUCAAAUGAUCUUAGAAGAGUCGGAAGCCCUUGGUGGUGGAUUAUCGUAUGACAAUAAGAAGCCUCCUUCAUGUAUCAUUAAUGGAACUGCCUCGAAGUCAAGAAAGCUGAUACCAAAAAAGGCUAAUUCUAAUAUAGGUGACAUUACAAACAAUUCUACUGUAAAACUGAAAGGUUCAAGUAAGGAAGAAAAUCCUACUAAGAAGCGAAAGGUUGGUUCUACGCCUAGUAAACCUACUACAACUAAUAUUCCUAAUACAAAGAAACCAAAUUCUAAUAAAUCUAAGGCUGUGGCCAAAUCGACUAAGGCAACCAGCGUUAAAACAACUAAGGUAAAGAAAGAUACUUCUUCCCAAAAAGUUACGCAAAGCACUACCAAGGUUAAACCAGAUAAGAAAGAAUUGAUUAAGGACUCGGAUCAGGAAAAGCCUGAAUCUGCCACUACGAAUGCACUGAAAUCCAAACGUAAGAGAAGUCAAUCUUCGCUCAUGGAAGACUCAAAACUGGAGAAGAAGCCUUCCACUACAGUGAAAAAGGAGCCUAUGCCAGGAGUUAUAAAUUCAAGCUCUACACUUCCCAACAAAAGACAAAAGAAAUAUGUUGACCCUUCUCUAUCGAAUCGUAUUAUUAACCCAAUAUUGAACAGUAAUUAUAUUGCAUCUUUGCCAAUCAAGAGAAUAAAGUUGGAUAAGAAGUCAACACCUUUGAUGACGAAUGAAAUAUUAAGCAACGUUAUUAAAUCAUUCAAAAGUAAGCAGCUUACUGAUCUUGGCACACAGUUACAAGCUUAUCCAAUACCUAAUAAUGCUGUGGUAGAGCUUCCAUUCCUGCCAUUAGAUAGAAAAUGUUGUGUUUGUGAUGAGGAAGACAAAAAUGAAGCUUCUGCACCAGAAAUGCUUAUUUGUUCGAAUUGCGGUGUGAAUGCACAUAUUUCUUGUACGGGUCUUUCAAUUCCUGAUCAAAUACCAAGGCCUAUAAAGCAAUGGUUAUGUGAACCAUGUAUCAACGAUUUAAACCCCCAUUAUUCUACUUUAUAUUCCUGUUGUUUAUGUCUAGCCAAUGAAUCAAACUAUGAGCUAUCCAUAUUGGGACAUCCUUCGGUUAGACCAGAUUACUUAAAACCAAUAUAUGGUUCAGGAAAGUGGUGUCACUUGGUUUGUGCAUUGUUUAAUUCUGAUUUGGUCAAUUUCAGAUCGAUCUCGUCUACUGCUUUCAAUCUGAAAAGGUUAUAUAAGGAAGAAGUGAUAGACCAGUAUUCAAUCAUUGAAUCCAUUCAUAAUUUUACUGCUAUUGAAAACGUCUCAGAGAUCUACUUGCAAAAUUAUACGUCGAAGUGUGGUAUAUGCUAUACAACUAAUGGUUCGUUAAUUGCUUGUGAUACCUGUAAGCUAGCUAAUGAAGAUUCCAUGAAAUACCAUAUCACCUGUGCUCAAGAUACCCCAAAUUUCAAAUUAGGUUUUAAGUUAUGCUCUCAAAGACUUAACGACAAAGAUAAUAAGCUUGUGAAGAUCGACGAAGAAUACGGUAAAUUGCAACCUACAUUACUCUGUCCAAUUCAUGCUACUUCCUCGAAGAUUUAUAGUAUGAGAGCUUUGGGUAAAAGAGUAUAUGGUAUUAGUAGAGAUGAGCUUAAACCUAUUAUCCAAAUCUACUUGGAAGACCUAGUCAAGAGUAACAACGCAAGUAACAAGUUAACUGGGCCUCAAUUAAAGUCCAAUACUUAUAUAAAAAUGAUAAAGGCUUACGAAGAACAAGAAAAAAAUCAUAAGCUGAAAAAUAAUUAUUUGAAGUUGCUAAAUCUGUCGAAUAUUAUAAGCGUGAAGAAGUCUAGUGACGUAAAAUCGUGUGGAAGAUGUAAAACUACAGCAUCUCCUAUGUGGUGGAUAGAAAAAAGUAAUAAUAACAAUAGCAAUUUCAAUGAAGUUUCUGGUUCUGCAAACCAAAACUUCCUUUGUCAAACUUGCUAUCAUGUAAGAGAUGAAGAUAAAGAAUUAACUCCAGAACCUGAAAGUCAACAUUUAUUUGAUCUGCUUAAUGAGCCAUUGGAUGGAGAAAUUUAUGGUUUACAAAACAACGAUGAUAAUUUAUCGGAUAUCUAUACAAAAGAGACGAGCAACAAAAUGGAAACUAUUGCCUCUUCUGAAAAUACAAGAUCAAGAAUAACAAUAGGCGACAUCUUAAGCUGA